GUCUCCGUUGGUCCCGUUGGUCUCUGUUGUCGUUGGUCUCGCUGGUCUCUCUCGUCAUGGCGGGUCUGGAGGUUUUGUACUCGUGUGUGCGGGGCAGCGUCACGUGUCCGCAGGACGCCGUGGUGUGCUUCGUGCACUGGGAGAUGAUCCGGAGCGGGUUCCGCUGCGUGGGGGCCGGGGACCAGCCUCUCAGCAGUGAUCAGAAGUCGGAGCUGCUUCCUGCCGACUGGAGCGUCAACAAAGAGCUGUACAGUCUGAGAUAUAAAACCAAAGACGGGGAAACACAGCUGCUGCUCAAAGCCAUCGCUGUCGACUCCACGCUGAUCUUCAACCUCAUGAACUCUGGCACUCAGCAGGUGUCGGACCUGACGGUGAACAUCGGCGAUCACGUGGACUCUGAGCAGCUCCACACAUUCAACAGAGUGUUUAAGGAGGCAGACAGUUUGUCGGAGAAGGUGAAGACUCAGCUGCUGCCCUCCCAGGACCGACCCACCGGACAGAGGAGGAGCCGGAGGGAGGAGGAGGAGGAGGAGGAGGAGCAGAGACGAAGACGAGAGGACAGCGACCCCCUCCGCAUCCCCAACAGACAGCCUCGUCAGGGACCGCCCCCCCACUGGCGCGACCCCGUGGUUCCUCCGUUCGCAGCCGGAGGAGCAGAUCUGGAUCCUUUUGGGUCUCGCGGCGGCGGCGGGAUGAUCGUGGACCCGUUGAGGUCGGGGUUUCCUCGCUCCGGGUUCGACCCGACUAGCGGAAUACCGGACAUCCUGCCUCCUGGAGCGGUUCCACCGGGGGCUCGAUUCGACCCGUUUGGACCCGUGGGACGACACAGACCCAGGCCGGAUCCGGACCACAUGCCCCCCCCCGGCUAUGACGACAUGUUCAUGUAGUACUUCCUGUCCUCCAGCCAAUCAGAGCCAGGAUGAAGAUCUCCUCCUCACCUGGUUUAGUGGCCUGGAUAUAAAUAAAAAAAGUUUCCUUUUCAUUUUCUCCUGUUUUGGAUGAAGAGGGUUUGUUUUCUUAUGUUCAUAACUCAUAAACUGUACAUAACUAAAGCAGAAGUACCCUUCUCUUAGUGUUUAAGAUGCAGCAGCAGGUUGAAGUCCCUUUAGAUCCUCUUAUCUUAGAUCCUCUUAUCUUAGAUACUCUUAUCUUAAACUUAUAAUUUAUUCAUUUAAAAAAGGACGGGGGUUAAAUUUCUUGAAAUAUGUUUUUUGCAGAUGUUUUUGUUUGGAUUACUGAAUAAACAUGGUUAAAUAAAAA